UUACUGAUGUAAUUCUUACUUACUUUAUGUAAUCUUUAUGUCGGCUUUUAUUUACACUCAAACCCUGUAUAAUCUUUACUUUCAGUACUUUUAAUUGCCCCCUGGGGACAAAUAAAGUUUUCUGAAGUUUUCUGAAUCUGUACAUCUUGACAUUUUAAAAGUGAGUCCAGUAGAAAAGCUCCUACCAGUGACACAUGGAGAGCUCACAAAAAAGAGUUUUUAAAGCUUAUUUACAGACUUCUCAUACUGACCAUCUACUUCACAAGCCACAUUUGGUCCUUUGUAAGGCACGUAUAUAAUCAUUAUAGUUUAUUUGUGUGAUUUACACUGUGCUAAAUAACAACAAUCAUUUUAUUUGAACUAUCACUGUAUAUUACUACAUAUCUAUUAAAUAGAACAAUAGAAUAGAACAGAUGUUUAAUAUCAGUGAUUAACAAUGAAUGCAGUUUAGCAGCUCUUUCACUGAGUCAGCAGGAUACAACACAAUUUAAAUGUUUCUGUUUUUAAUAUGAAAUUUCCACAGUGUACAUACAUUAUGAAAUUUAGUUGACAUUUAUUUCAGUGAUAACUUCACCAUGAUCUUCCACACAGUAGACUUUUGCAGAGUUUCACUGUUUUUUCUCUCUGUUUUUUUCUGUGCAUCACAUAUAAUUCAUGCUGCGCUAACACUUCAGCAUUUACGGUACCACAGCGUCGUUACCAUGACAACUCGGAUUCGUCUUCUUCCCUGAAAACAAGCCGCACACAGAAGUACAGCAGAAGACUGUUUAAAAUAUGACCAGAACAUGCUGUCUGUCGCAGCCAGCUCAGCUGGUAGUUGGUCUUUUUAUGCAUUGAUGCCCUUUACCUUGGUAAAGUUAAACAUAUGCACGAAAAACUCUACCUUAAAGGCUCAGCUGUGUGUUUUAGUGUUUUCACUGGUGACUCUGAUGAAGAGGUUCAUUGCUGCCCCAUGUGGUGAUGGUGAGAAAACGACAUUCUUUAAGUUGUACCGGCUGCUUCCGUGUUCAGCCAUUAAGGAGCCGAAAUGAGCCUCGACCAGUUUACUUCCUGUCAUUACUGCAGCUUUAAUCAUGGAGAUGCCUUCAUCUGCUGUGUUCUCAGUCACGGAGUGGAAGGUGGUUUGGGAACUAACGAGAUUCCUCUCAUCAUUAAACACAUCACCAGAACCUUCAGGGCGACCGAGCAGUCGGCCCUCAAAGGGAAGCCCAAAGUGUUCCUGAUCCAGGCCAGUCAAGGAAAAGAGGAACAGCGUGGAGUGUUAGUAAAAGAUCUGGAGGAAGAUAGUUCCAUCCCUGUAGAAGCAGAUGUUCUGGUUGCCAUCUCCACUGCUGAAGAUUAUAAAUCAUUUAGACACAUACAACAUGGGAGCUGGUUUAUCCAAUCUGUGUGUCAGCAGCUGAAGGAGCGCUGUCUGAGGGGUGAGGACCUAACCACCAUCUUGCAUCAUGUGAAUAAUGACGUGAGUCACAAAGAGGGCUUCAACCAACCUGGUAAAGUGAAGCAGAUGUCUGAAGUGAGAUUCACCCUGACGAAGAAACUUGUGUUUACAAGUCAAAACUGAGGCCAUGAAUCAUGCAAACACAGCAAACUUUGUCUCAUAAUUUAGGAUGUAUCAUGGCCUUUAUUAGUAUUUUUUAUUAUUUGAUUAUUUUUUUUCUUUGUCUAAUUUGUGUGCUUUGUUGUGUCUGUGCACCUUACUGUUUGUCCUGUCUUUACACUUAUCCGUAUGGGACAGCGGGGAACGCAAUUUCGAUUGCUUUGUAUGUUUAAUUCAUGUGAAGUAAUUGACAAAUAAAACUGACUUGACUUGA